UUUAUCAUCAACAGAUCUUAAUUUAAUCAUUUAUCAUAAUAAUGUCUCCAUCAUUGCUUUUAAAACAUAUGAAGCUUACUUCUUGCAUAUCACGGCUCAUGAUCUACACUCGUGCAUUUCCAAGGACACCAUGCUUUAGCACACGAAUUUCAAUCAAAAGAUCUUUAUUACUCCGAUCCGAGUCAUGGAAUCAAUUCAGUGUACCUUUAAUCCCAUAUAACUCUGUCGCGCACUUUUCGACAGGAUCAGUUUGGUGCCAUGGAGCGCUGCCUCGUCCAGCACCCGGUACAGGAUUCAAGGUUAAUUUCAUCAAGCCGGAUGGCGAGAAGGUGACCGUAGAAGCGAACAAUGGUGAGAGCCUACUAGAUGUUGCUCGUGCUAACGAUCUAGAUGUGGAAGGAGCAUGUGAGGCUUCGCUAGCUUGUUCAACCUGCCACUUGAUACUGGAUGAGGAGUCAUUCAAUAAGCUGGAAGAGCCAUCUGAUGAGGAGAACGAUAUGCUAGAUCUUGCCUUUGGGCUCACAGACACAUCACGUCUUGGUUGUCAGGUCUUAAUGUCCAAAGAGUUAGACGGUUUGACAGCUAAGAUGCCAUCAGCAACCAGAAAUAUGUAUGUCGAUGGCGCCAAACCCAAGCAUCAUUAGAAAAUGAAACCGGAACUCUAUCCAGCGAUAUAUAUCGAUUUUCAUGACACAAAAUGACACUGCAACAUUGUACAUACAUUUCACACUUGUCAGCUGGAACUGCUAUCUUCUUUUUCCCCUUUGGCUGAAGAUCAUAAAAUAUAUUCAUGUAUAUUCGAGUUUAAACAAGAAUCAGCACCAUAGUACACCAUCAUCACUAUCAUGUCACCAUAGAAUGGAGCUCAAUGUAGCUCGGUAAUAUGAAUAAUAUACGCACAGAUGCAUAGAUGUAUACACUGUUAUGACAAAUUUGAAAGCGCUUGUGAAGGGAAAUGACCGUGGGAAGAAGGAUGCGCAGUUAUCAAUAGUGGAAGC